UUGAACGCAGUUCAAUAUCGCCUUCAAAAGUUUUUGUUUUUUUAGACGAAAUAUUUGAAACGUUUAGCAACAAUGCGGAGUGCAAUUGAAAUACUUUUCCUCUCGGCGCUUUUUCAAAAAACCGGUAAGUACUUUGGCAAUUAUUUCUCACAACAACACUCUUGCGCACGGAAAUAACCGGGAACCAAAGGUAGUAGUCAGGAAUUUUAAUGGUCCUUCUAACUGCUUUCAGGAAGCCAUUUUGAAAGUCCUCUAAUUCGGCCUUAAGUCAGCCGACAUCAUCGAAAAGCGUUUAAAAAAUCCGUUCCGAAAGAAGCACAGCUAUUGGCAAUCGAGGAUAACUGCCAUCGAUAAAUUACUUGAGCUCUGGUAACCUACUAAUGACAUCCUCAUUUUGCAGCUAGCAAAGCUGCUACUUGUGAUGUAUAUAUGUCAUAUAUUGAGAGCUGUGCGGCAUAAACAAUUUUCAAAGGCAAUGGUUACAAUACGUUUGGUCAGCCCCUGACUGGCUAAUGUUCAUGGAUUCAAGGGUGGAAAAUUUACAGUGAAACCUCGAGAACCGGUUGUAUUAGCGGUUAAAUAGAAUGCACACAAAAUGUCUGAAGAACUGCAAAGUCACGAAGAAGACUUUAAAAAGACAAAAAAGCAAGUAAUAGCUAGAUGAAUGGUAAAUGCAGAUUUGGUUAGUGAAGGUUCACUCGAAAAAAAGUGAGCGUUGGUGCAUACUAACGACGUGAUAUUGCAACUUGCAUUUACAAACUAAUGGCUCAUAUUCAAAAUAUCAACUGGGUCGAAAGGCUCUUUGGUCAACUGAACACCAUAUUCUCUCAUCUAUUCAGUAUUGCGAACAUUAUUUCAGUCAAAGUUAUCAAUUCCUUUCAGAUUUUAAGAAGAAAUUCAAAAGAAAAUAGCAAAAUUUGUGCUGAGCAAAUUGAAUUAAUCGUAAUACCUUUUCCAACGUGCUGUCAAAAGAUAACAGGUGGCCGUUUUUAUAGUGAACGAGCACCGUUGACAAAAAAAUUUAUUUGUACGCCUUGCGUCAAUCCACCUUGCUUAAUGACGUAGUCAGAAUCCCUUGUAGAACGGUGUUUGUUAAACCCUUUAAAUCCCUAGAGUGACCAACAUCAACUUUCUCCUAAAAGCACUUAUUCAUCAUCUAGAGAAAAGGUUAUGAGAGAUUAUCAAAUGAUCAACAAAGAAAAAAAAUGCUUUGAUCUUUUAUCAAAUUCUCUCAACUAAUCAUUGAGGAAAUGUUUGGAAAUCAGCAUGGAGAAUUUGUAUGUAGAUAUUGGGGGUUAAAAGGUUAUUAAGUGGAAAACAAUUUAGCAAAGCAUUCUGCACCCUGCGAUGAGAGCCUCCUUUUUCUUUCUAGAGUGAGGCUCCGCCUGAAUUACAUCAAGCCUUUAAAGUUGCCAAGGCCCGAGCAUCUGGACUAGCCAUUCUUGGUCUCUCACGGUUUUUACCAAGUGCGAGCUAAUUCCGUUAAUUGGUAAAUCCAUGGUCAUAACUGAGCUCGCUAAACCAUACGCACUGAAAUAAGGCCUGAGUUUGAAAGUGUAUCCUAGCAACAAGCAGCACGUACUCUUACUCUCAUGCAGAGUCUUUUUCCCCAGUAGCCAAAAUCGAGCAGGUGAAAGAAAGACUCUUAUCAAGAGAUUACAAAAACGCGCUUGGCUUUUGGAUGGUUCAGCGAACGUUCUAAAAAUAACGGACAGGUCGCUUUGACAUCUUUCGUUAAAACAAUCAGUAAUUUGAUUGGACAAUCAAAAGAUGCUUUAUUCACUUUUCCAUCUUAGUGUCUACGGUUUGAUUUUCUCAUCAGCUAUUGGCUGAUAAAACAAAUAACAGAGACGUCCAGGACCUUAUUUCAAGCAAACCCUAUGACAAUAUUGGAGUGACUGGAUUGAAAGACCCUAAUGAGCGUUUUCUUAUGUUUUCAGCUGUUUCCUUGACGUGUUAUACCUGUUACUCAAAAGUAAGCUGGACUGACUGUGACCAGCAGAGAAGUCGAGUGAUUUGUGCGUCAUGGUUGGACGUCUGUGCCAAAACCCGCGUUCAUUUCGACGCCUGGGGGAAACAAUUUGACGUCUACGAACGUGGAUGUUUUGCAAACGAUUUUUGUACCCCUCGAGCUUGCAAGUACAUCAGCGGCGGCGAAAACUGCACUGUAAAUUGCUGUGAUCUGGAACUGUGUAAUGGAACUGCUUUAACAACUCACACCGGCAAGUUCCUUGUUUGGCUAUCUCUGGCUUUCGCAGUUUUCCAACACGUGUUAUUGGACUAAAAUGGUUGUGCGGAUCCCUACUGAAUCCAGAUAUGAAGUGAAUUUUCUAAAGCAGUAAAAAAAGGGCUCAGUGUUCCGUAGUAAAUGUUUCUGAGACGCAACCGGGGUUGUAAUUCAUUAAUUUAUCCCCACCAUCCAUAAAAACGAUCCAUCAAGUCAUUUUUCGUUAUCAGAUUGUUCAAAGACUUAGCGGAGCCAUUAGGUAAAUAAUCGGAGCAAAUAUAUUUCAAACUGCGUUCCAUUCCUUGUAAAAUGAUAAAUAAAAUUUACAUUUGUAGGUCUUCCAAACAGAUUAUGAUCUACCGCGACUCCUCUUAACGACUAAAGUGCUGUCAAUGGAAAAUUUGUGAAACGAUGAGAAAGACAUGUCAAAAAAUCCACUUUCCCUGUGCAAGGUUUCAUUCAUCUGGUCUCUUUAG